GUGUCCGAGUGUGUCCGAGGGUCCCCGAGUGUGUCCGAGUGUCCCCGAGUGUGUCCGAGUGUGUCCGAGUGUGUCCGAGUGUCCCCGAGUGUGUCCGAGUGUCCCCGAGUGUGUCCGAGUGUGGUCCCCGAGUGUCACCGAGGUGUGUCCGAGUGUCACCGAAGGGCCACCGAGUGUCACCGGAGUGUCCCCAAGGGCCAUGGAGCCCCCCGAGCUGUCCCCGGCGCUGCUGGAGCCGCUGGUGGCCGUGGUGGCCACCCUGGGCCAGCUGGCGGCCACCGCUGCCGGCCCGGCCGGUGACGUCGCGCUGGCCACCGGCCACGGCUCCCUGCACGCCGGCCUGGCCACCUUCAUCGGCCACCUCCGACACACCCUGGGCCACCGCGGCGUCCCCUCGCCACCCAGCCUCGGGGCCACCGCGGGGGACACCGUGGCCACCACCACGGCCACCACGGCCACCACGGGGGACACCGUGGCCACCACCACGGCCACCACGGCCACCACGGGGGACACCACGGGGGACACUGUGGCCACCAUAGGGGACACUGUGGCCACCAUAGGGGACACUGUGGCCACCACGGGGGACAUCGUGGCCACCACAGGAGACACUGUGGCCACCACAGGGGACACUGUGGCCACCAUGGCCACCUUGGGGGACACCAUGGGGGACACUGUGGCCAUCAUGGGGGACACUGUGGCCACCACAGCCAGCCUGGGGGCCACCAUGACAACCCUGGAGGCCACCACGGCCACUGUGGCCACCACGGCCACCCCAGGGACCACCACGGCCACCACAGGGGACACCGCGGCCACUGUGGCCACCACGGCCACCCCAGGGACCACCACGGCCACUGUGGCCACCACAGCCACCACGGGGGCCACCACAGCCACUGUGGCCACCACAGCCACCACGGGGGCCACCGUGGCCACCGUGGCCACCGCCUGGCUCCACUCGCUGGCCGCCCUCGACCACGCCUGGGCCCAGCUGGCCACCGAGGCCACCGAGCUCCUCCGGGCCUGCCGGGCCGCGGCCACCGCCGAGGCCGCCGUGGCCACCUCGGCUUCCGGCCCGGCCCUGCGGGAGCUGGUGGCCCGCUGGGACGUGGCCGGUGGCCACCUGCUGAGGGCGGCCCGGCGGCCGCCGCUGGCCCUGGGCGAGGACGAGGCGGCCCCGGCGGUGGCCGCGCACGAGGAGAAGGUGGCCCCGGGCGGCGGCCGAGAUGGCGGCGGCCACGGCGGCCGUGGAGGAGGCGGCGGUGGCCACCGGCAGGGCGGAGGUGGCCGCCAAGCGGGCGCGGCGAGCGGAGGCGGCGCUGGGGCCACUGGCCGCCUUGGUGGCCGCGUGCCACCGGGCCCGGGAGCUGCCCCGGGAGCUGCGGCGGCGCCUCGGGGACGCCCCGGGGACCAGCGGGGACAUGGCCCAGGUGGCCACGGUGGUGGCCACGGCACCUGCUGGGGACACUUGGGGACAUCCGGAGGGUCCUGGCGGGGGGGCGCGGUGGUGGCCACGGUGGCCACAGUGGCCUCCAUGGGCUUGGUGACCUUGGUGGCCUUGGUGGCCCUGGUGGCCUCAGUGGCCUUGGUGGCCUCCAUGGGCUUGGUGGCCUCGGUGACCUCGGUGGCCUCGGUGGCCCUGGUGGCUCUGAUGGCCCUGGUGGCUCCAGUGGCCUUGGUGGCCCCAGUGGCCUCAGUGGCCUUGGUGGCCUCCAUGGCCUCGGUGGCCUCGGUGACCUUGGUGGCCCUGGUGGCCUUGGUGGCCCUGGUGGCUCCAGUGGCCUUGGUGACCUUGGUGGCCUUGGUGGCCUUGGUGGCCCCGGUGGCCUCAGUGGUCUCCAUGGCUUCGGUGGCCACAGUGGCCUUGGUGGCUCUGGUGGCCCUGGUGGCCUCCAUGGCCUUGGUGGUCUCGGUGGCCUUGGUGGCCUUGGUGGCCUCCAUGGCCUCAGUGGCUCCAGUGGCCUUGGUGGCCCCGGUGGCCACGGUGGCCUUGGUGGCUCUGGUGGCCUCGGUGACCUUGGUGGCCUCCAUGGGCUUGGUGGCCUCGGUGACCUUGGUGGCUCCAGUGGCCCUGGUGGCCUCCAUGGCCAUGGUGGCCCUGGUGGCCAUGGUGGCCAUGGUGACCUUGGUGGCCACGGUGGCCCUGGUGGCCCUGGUGACCUUGGUGGCCCUGGUGGCCCCAGUGGCCGCACGGUGGCCGAGCGGUGCCAAAGAGCCCUCGAGGACAUCCCGAGGCUGCUGCGGGGACAAUGACGUCAUCGCCGUGACGUCAUCGCCGUGA